AUGAGUUUGUGGUAUAUCGUUGGUGCAUUGGUCUUCUUUGCAUCUAUACUUAUUGCAAAGAACAUGAGAAAGUCAGGGAAGAAUCUACCUCCUGGGCCACCAACACUUCCUAUAAUUGGCAACUUGCACCAAUUGGGAUCGCAUCCUCAUCGUUCAAUGUUCGAAUGGUCCAAACAAUACGGUUCUCUAAUGUCUCUGAAGUUAGGAAGUGUAUCUGCUGUUGUGGCAUCAACACCAGAGACAGUAAAGGAUGUCUUGAAAACGUUCGAUGCAUAUUGUUGCUCGCGGCCUUAUUUGACUUAUCCUGCAAGAAUCACAUACAAUCUAAACGACCUCGUCUUUUCUCCUUACAACAAAUACUGGAGAGAAGUACGAAAGAUGACGGUCGUUGAACUCUACACAGCGAAAAGGGUACAGUCGUUUCGACAUGUAAGAGAAGAAGAAGUGGCAUCUUUUGUUGAUUUCAUCAAAGAAUGUGCUUCAUUGGAGAACCCUAUUAACUUCAACCAGAUGUUCUUGAAGCUCUCGGUAAGUGUGAUAUGUAGGGUUGGAUUUGGAAUAAAUCUUAAAGGGAGUAAACUUGAGGACACUUACGACCAAAUCAUUGUACAAACUACGGAGGUGUUUGGGACUUUUGCAGCGGCGGAUUACUUCCCCGUCAUUGGUAGAAUCAUAGAUAGGAUCACGGGGUUGCAUGGCAAAUGUGAGAAGGUUUUUAAGGUUAUGGAUUCGUUUUUUGAUCAAGCUAUAGAGCAUCAUCUAGAAGAUGAGAGUGUUAAAGAUGAUAUCAUUGACUUGCUCCUCAAGAUGGAAAAGCAAAAGACUGGACUUGGAGAUUUCCAACUUACUCGAAACCACACUAAGGGAAUUCUUCAGAAUGUUCUUAUUGCUGGAAUAGACACUUCUGCCCAAGCUAUGACAUGGGUGAUGACACAUUUGAUUGCAAACCCAAGAGUUAUGAAGAAAGUGCAAGCAGAGGUAAGAGAAGUGAUCCAAAACAAAGAAAAUAUCGUAGAAGAUGAUAUAGAACGUCUUGAGUAUCUCAAAAUGGUGAUUAAAGAAUCGUUUAGGUUAUCACCACUUGUCCCACUACUAGUUCCAAGAGUGGCUUCAAAGGAUGUUAAGAUCGCAGGUUACGACAUUCCUAAAUACACAUGGAUCCAUGUCAACCUUUAUGCUGUUCAUAUGAAUCCAAGUGUUUGGAAAGAUCCAGAAGCUUUCAUCCCCGAGAGGUUUAUGGAUAAUCAGAUUGACUAUAAAGGUGGAAACUUUGAGCUGUUGCCAUUUGGUAGCGGAAGGAGAAUGUGUCCUGGUAUGGGUAUGGCUAUGGCUUUUGUACAUUUGACUCUUAUCAAUCUUCUUUACCGUUUUGAUUGGAAGCUUCCGGAUGGAAUGAAGGCAGAGAACGUUGAUCUUGAAGAAUCAUUUGCACUUGUCUGCCCUAAGAAGGUACCACUUCAACUCGUUCCGGUCCUUACCCAAUGGACUUGA